AGAACUUUAUUUGACUAUGUAACAUCCUUUUGUUUAAAGGUGAUGCUGUGGAACCUUCAGAAAGCCCGGCCACUCUGGAUUACAAAUUUACAGGAGGAUGAAACAGAAGAAAUGGAGAGCCCACAGUCACCGGGUCAGCUUUUAAAUCCUGCUCUCGCCCAUUCUGUGUCUGUGGCAUCAUGUGGCAAUAUUUUUAGUUGUGGUGCAGAAGAUGGAAAGAUUCGAAUCUUUAGGGUAAUGGGAGUCAAGUGUGAACAGGAAUUGGGAUUUAAGGGCCACACUUUGGGAGUAUCCCAGGUCUGCUUUCUGCCAGAAUCUUAUUUGCUGCUUACUGGAGGGAAUGAUGGGAAGGUAAUGAUGUGGGAUGUAAGCAGUGAAGUUGAGAAAAAACAGAAGAGUCCUAUAAAACAUACCCACAGGAAAAGCACUAAAAGGGCAACUUAUACCAACCAGGGUGGAAACACUAAUACUUCAGUAACACAUGAAGAACAGGGCAAAAUUUUACCAAAGCUAAGUAUUGAACAUGGAGAAAAAGUGAACUGGCUCUUGAGUACAAAAAUAAAGGGUUGCCAAAAUAUAUUAGUAGCUGAUCAAACUAGUUGUAUAUCUGUGUAUCCCUUAAAUGAAUUUUAAAUCCAAUAAAAACAUUUGAAUAAGCAGUCAACUUU